CUCACCGACUCUGUUUGUGUGUUGAAACGAGAGCAGCAACCGCAGAUCAUACUACUGAAAGAAGGAACUGACACGUCGCAAGGCAAAGCGCAGUUACUAAGCAACAUAAACGCGUGCACGGCGGUGGCGGAUGUGGUGAGGACGACGUUAGGACCUCGUGGUAUGGAUAAAUUGAUCCAUGACGAUAAGGGAAACGUCACCAUCUCUAAUGAUGGCGCUACUAUUAUGAAAUUGCUCGAUAUAAUUCAUCCUGCCGCCAAGAUCCUUGUUGAUAUCGCAAAGUCUCAGGAUUCUGAGGUUGGUGAUGGUACUACUACCGUAGUUCUACUUGCGGGGGAGUUUUUGAAAGAGGCUAAACCUUUUGUAGAGGACGGGGUCCACCCACAAAAUUUAAUACGGAGUUAUCGAACUGCAUGCAAUUUGGCAAUUGAGAAGGUCAAAGAACUAGCCUCCAGUAUAGAAGGAAAAAGUCUAGAAGAGAAGAAGAGCUUAUUGGCUAAAUGUGCUGCUACAACAUUAUCGUCAAAACUUAUUGGUGGUGAGAAGGAGUUCUUUGCAUCAAUGGUUGUGGAUGCUGUGAUUGCGAUUGGGAAUGAUGAUAGGCUAAAUAUGAUUGGAAUAAAGAAGGUCCCAGGUGGUAAUAUGCGAGAUUCAUUUCUGGUGAAUGGUGUUGCCUUUAAAAAGACGUUUUCUUAUGCGGGGUUUGAACAACAACCAAAGAAGUUUGUAAAUCCUAAGAUACUCUUACUCAACAUUGAGUUGGAGCUGAAAUCUGAGAAAGAAAAUGCAGAGAUAAGGCUGUCAGAUCCAUCUCAGUACCAGUCCAUUGUUGAUGCAGAAUGGAAUAUAAUAUAUGAUAAGUUGGAUAAAUGUGCACAGAGUGGGGCAAAAAUUGUUCUUUCGCGCCUUGCAAUUGGUGAUCUUGCAACACAGUAUUUUGCUGAUCGAGAUAUUUUCUGUGCUGGUCGUGUAACUGAAGAAGAUCUGCAAAGAGUUGCUGCUGCAACUGGUGGAACUGUACAAACAACUAUCAACAACGUAAUUGAUGAGGUUCUUGGGACUUGUGAGAUAUUCGAGGAAAAGCAAGUUGGAAAUGAGAGGUUUAAUAUUUUCAAUGGAUGCCCUUCUGGUACUACAGCCACUAUUGUUCUUCGUGGUGGGGCAGAUCAGUUCAUUGAAGAGGCUGAACGGAGUCUACAUGAUGCAAUCAUGAUAGUUAGAAGAGCUAUGAAGAACUCAACUGUAGUUGCUGGUGGUGGUGCUAUAGAUAUGGAAAUAAGUCGGUACUUGAGGCAGCAUGCUCGCACAAUAGCUGGGAAGUCUCAGCUGUUUAUCAACUCUUAUGCAAAAGCCCUCGAGGUUAUCCCACGACAACUAUGUGAUAAUGCUGGGUUCGAUGCAACUGAUGUGCUGAACAAAUUAAGACAGAAACAUGCACUUCCAUCUGGUGAGGGUGCUCCAUAUGGAGUGGAUAUCAACACCGGUGGAAUUGCAGAUUCAUUUUCAAACUUUGUUUGGGAGCCAGCAGUUGUAAAGAUCAAUGCUAUCAAUGCUGCUACUGAGGCUGCUUGUCUGAUCUUAAGUGUGGACGAGACAGUAAAGAAUCCCAAGUCUGAGAGCGCUCAGGGAGAAGCAGCUGCAGGUGCUAUGGGUGGACGCGGAGGAGGUGGUUUCCGUGGUCGUGGACGAGGGAUGCGAAGACGAUGAGCUCACCGAAUUGCAAUUUUUGUUCUCUUGAUUUUAGUUUAUGAUGGGGUUUUCAAUGUAUUUAUCAAUGGGACUGAAAUGAUCAAUCUGAACGUUUAGUAUUUUGAAUCUGCGUGGCUUUUCUAUUUGAAAGUUGAUCAGUUCACUGAUUGGUAGCUACUUUCUGGAUUAUGGCUGCAGCUUACUUUUGUUUCUUGCCCUCCCCAUUUGUCUGCAGGAGAGAUAUUUUGUAUUUUUGUUUCCUUUCUUGCGGAGGAAAUAGUAAAAGGCAAUAGAACUCGCUCUUUGUUGCAUUUUUGUACUUGUAUUAUCAUUCCAUCUUCUUGUAUUUUACUGUAUUUUAAAUAUUAUGAUCAAAA